UCACGAUCUCACCAGAUAUGGAUCAAGACUGUAGAGCCCAUGGGUAUAAAGUGGUGUGAACUCCUCUCAAGUUCUUUCAUAUCGACAUGUCCGACGAUAUUGCUCAAGCCUUGGCGUACAUCGAAUCAGCGACCUUGAAUCCCAUCCAGGUCGGUCUGUACUCAAGGGCUGCAGUCCUUUCAGAAAACAAAGACCGUGGAAAAUAUUUGGGUGAACCUGGUCAGGAUGGCGCCGCCACUGUUGGUGGCACUCUGGUCUCCGUCCUUGCCAACCUCACUGGGCAAAACCGCACGGACGUUGCCAAUUCCCUCGAGUUCGCUUCUCGCGUUGCCGCCAAGGAAGUGGGGGCUGAUGACCAUACCGCGGCAUAUUGGAAUGCAUUCAAGACGUCUAUUUUCCAAAUUGGAUGGUUCAAGCAGGCUGACGAGUGGUCUUCGGAUUUCAUUGAUGGUACAACAACUGGUGCCGAGAACUUCAGCGACUACGUGAUUGACAAUGUCAGCGGGGACCCACUCUAUUCCAGCGCAGAAAAAGAUAUUGUUAUCCGAUCACUGAAAUCGUUGCGAAGCCAGGCGGAAAAGCGUGCUUUCUUCAGGAGCUUCACCGCCGGUGGUGACAAGGGGUCCUUUGGUGUUAACUCAGCGACGGUUACAAAUGGAGCGCUGGCAAUGCGUUUUUCAGCAUUCACUUUCAGUUGCAAUGCCAAGGUGGAUGAUUAUCUGAUUUUCAGUAUCAAGAACAUCAAGGCCAAUGUGCAAAAGGACAAUGUGGAUGCCGCUGCGAAUCAGAGGACUAUCGACUCGGUCAGACAGAAGAUCGAAGGACAAAUUGGACAAGGCGGCUGGUGACUACAUCGACGGGGUGGAUAUUUGAAUGGUCGCGCCAGGGUCUCGAUUGUAUUUCAAAGUGAAAGUUCAAAGCGUGUUAAUGUAAACUGAUGUGAAAUGGCAAUUGCUCUGGUUUCUCUUUCACCGACUGGAGGGACCGCCGCGACGGAGUGCGCUGUGUGUACAUCUCAACAAACGGAGUCAUACAUG